AUGAUCAGAAAUCGAAUUCAAAUCAAAAGGGUUCUGUGUGUAGCAGAGAAGAAUGAUGCGGCGAAAGGCAUCGCUGAAAUCAUGUCCAGUGGCAGAUCUAGGCGGAGGGAGGGUUUGUCAAAGUUCAACAAAAUCUACGAGUUUGAGUAUAAUCUCCUUGGACAGAAUGUUACCGUAACAAUGACUUCGGUUUCUGGUCAUUUAUUGGGUUUAGAAUUUAGAUCGCAAUUUCAGAAAUGGCACAGUUGUAACCCAGUUUUGCUGUUUGAUGCUGAGGUGGAGAAAUACUGCCCAGACAACAUGAUUCAAAUAAAGCGGACAUUGGAGAAAGAAGCAAGGCAAUGCCAGGCCCUGAUUAUCUGGACAGAUUGUGACAGAGAAGGAGAAAACAUUGGUUUUGAAAUCAUUGAUGUUUGCAAAGCGGUGAAGGCGAAUAUACAAGUAUAUCGGGCAAAAUUCUCGGAAAUUACACCCAACUCCAUUAGAAGAGCUUGUGAGACUCUAACUGAGCCAGAUGUAAAUGUCAAUGAUGCUGUGGACGUGCGUCAGGAACUGGACCUGCGGAUAGGGGCAUCUUUCACACGGUUCCAGACAAUGCGGCUACAGAAGAUUUUCCCAGCAUCUUUGGCAAAUCAGCUGAUUUCAUAUGGAAGCUGUCAGUUUCCCACUCUGGGUUUUGUCGUUGAGCGGUUUAAAGCUAUACAGGCUUUUAUUCCAGAGACUUUCUUCAAGAUUAAAGUAAUCCAUGAGUUUGAAGAGGACACCGUGGAGUUCAGCUGGAAAAGAAACCGUCUGUUCAACCAUACUGCGUGCUUAGUUUUAUACCAAAUCUGUAUGGAGGAUCCCAUGGCAACAGUCACCUCAGUAACCAGCAAACCCAAAAGCAAAUGGAGACCCCUGCCUUUGGACACUGUGGAACUUGAAAAACUUGCAUCACGAAAGUUAAAAAUAAAUGCAAAAGAAACUAUGAAAAUUGCAGAAAAACUUUACACCCAGGGGUUCAUCAGUUACCCCAGAACAGAGACCAACAUAUUUCCUGCGACCUUAGCCUUGGCUCCUCUGGUUGAACAGCAGACUCAAAGUGAAGCCUGGGGGACGUUUGCCCAGCGUGUACUUGAACAACCUGGGGGUCCCAAUCCCAGACAGGGCAAGAACACAGACCAGGCUCACCCCCCUAUCCACCCCACUAAGUUCACAAGCCAUCUCCAGGGGAAUGAGGGCCGUGUGUAUGAGUUUAUUGUGCGUCACUUCUUGGCGUGCGUGUCCCAGGAUGCAUUGGGACAUGAGACAGUGGUGGACAUUGACAUUGCACAGGAGAAGUUUUCUGCCUCAGGACUCAUGAUUGUUGCGAGAAAUUAUCUGGAUGUUUAUCCUUACGACAAAUGGACCGCUAAGGUUAUUCCAGUUUAUGAACAAGGUUCGCAGUUUCAGCCGACUGCUAUUCAGAUGAUAGAUGGCCAGACAAGUCCUCCACAGCUCCUCUCUGAAGCUGAUCUGAUAUCCCUGAUGGAGAAACAUGGCAUCGGCACAGAUGCGACACAUGCAGAUCACAUAGAAACUAUUAAGAGCAGGAUGUACGUGGGCCUGACUGCAGAUCAGAGGUUCCUACCUGGAGAACUGGGAAUGGGACUGGUUGAAGGUUAUAACUCCAUGGGCUAUGAGAUGUCCAAGCCAAACCUGCGUGCCGAGUUGGAAGCAGACCUCAAACUGGUGUCUGAAGGAAGGAAGGACAAACAAACAGUUCUGCAGUAUUAUAUUCAAAAAUACAAAACAGUGUUCAUUGAGUCUGUUAGAAAAGCCAAGAAAUUAGAUGAAGCCCUGUCUCCGUACUUGGGCGCAGCUCAAGCGAUCACAGAAGAAGAGCAGCUGGACAUGGAGAUGCCCCUGCCUGUUAGGAAAUGCCCCAGUUGUGGCCGAGACAUGGUUCUCAAGAAGAAACGCGAAGGAACAAAUAAGUACCUGUCCUGCACAGGGUACCCAGACUGUAAGACAGCGGUGUGGUUCCCUGAUAUGGUCCUGGAGGUUCUCAGAGACGACAGCGUCUGCACAACAUGUCUGCCUCAUCCUGUUCACAUGCUGAAGUUUAAGUUCCGCAGGGGGAGCCUGCCACCAAUGAUGCCUUUGGAGUUUGUGGGCUGCAUUGGAGGAUGUGAUGAAAUGCUGAGAGAAGUACUGGACCUGAAAUACCUCAGAACCGCUGGAGGAGGAGGAGCAAACCCCCAUCCGGGCCCCCCAAGAACAGCACCUAUCAGAACAGCUCCCUCCCGCCCACCACUCUCUAGAAACCCAAACCCUGGUCCUUCUCCUCCUGUGCCAGUGUCCUCUUGGACUCCUAAUCCACUUGGGGCUGCUGGUAACAGUAGAACCAGCGGCAAUGAUGCUAUUGUUUGUAACUGUGGACAAGAUGCAAUCCUUUUAACUGUUCGGAAAGAUGGCCCUAACCAAGGUCGCCAGUUCUACAAAUGCAAUGCGGGCAGUUGUAACUUCUUCUUAUGGGCCGAUGAAUGUGCACAGCAGGGACCACCAGGACCACCAAUGCCACCUCCUCCCAAGUGCAGCCAGGCCAGGCCCUCUCUGGGUUUUAGGAACACCACUGGGGAUGGCAGCUGGUCUGGGGACUCUGGGGACAGAUUAGCAGAGGUCAUGUGUAACUGUAAUCUGGCAGCAGUCACACGGACAGUACAGAAGGACGGCCCCAACAAGGGCAGAACAUUCUACACAUGCGGGAAGCCGAGGGAGCAGCAGUGUGGCUUCUUCCAGUGGGGUGACGAAAAUGGGCCUCCAUCAGGAGCUGUGGGCAGUGGCUACAACGGUGGAUUCAGCAGUGGAUCCAACAGUGGUGGAAGCAGCAGUAACAGAGGUGGAAAGGCUAGAAAGAAAGCAGGAGAUGCCAUGGCUCCCAAAGCUCCUGCUGCUAAGAAGCCGCGUAACUGUGGCAUCUGCCACCUGCCCGGACACACGCGUGUCACCUGCCCCCAGCGGUGA